AUGUCGAUGUUCAGCUCCUGUGAAGUGUGUGGCGAUCAGAGCUCGGGUAAGCACUACGGCGUCUCCUGCUGCGACGGAUGCUCCUGCUUCUUCAAGCGCAGCGUGAGGAAGGGCAAUAGCUAUGCCUGCAUUGCCAUCAAGGGAAACUGCAUCGUGGAUAAGGCGCGCAGGAACUGGUGCCCCUUUUGCCGCUUCCAACGUUGUCUGGCGGUGGGCAUGAAUGUGGCUGCCGUGCAGGAUGAGCGCGGGCCGAGAACCCAACAGUCGACGGCUGUCUACAGGUACAGCCGCAGAACCGCGCCACAAACGGUGGUGGCUGCCACUGGCAACGGUGCUCAGGCGUUGCACUUUCAGAUUCUUGCCCAGAUUCUGGUCACCUGCCUGCGACAGGCGAUGGCGAAUGAGCAUUUCAGCAGCCUGGAGCGGCCGCAACAGGAUGCCAUCCUCCAGGUGGUGUGGAGCGAAAUCUUUAUACUGCGAGCCUCGCACUGGUCGCUGGACAUUAGUGCCAUGAUCGAUGCCUGUGGCGAUGACCAGCUGAAACGACUUAUCUACGAGGCCCAACAGCUCAGAGCCGAUGUCUUGGAACUGAACUUUCUGGAGACGCUUAUUCUGUGCAGGAAAGAACUAGCUCUGAGUGCGGACUAUGCCAUUAUCCUGGCGACCCACUCGAAUGGCGCUUUAAUGUCCCUCGCGCGCUACACUUUGCAUCAGUCGAACUAUUUACGCUUUGGACAGCUGCUACUGGGGUUGCGACAGCUCUGUCUGCGCCGUUUCGAUUGUGCUUUGUCCUGCAUGUUUCGAACAGUGGUCAGGGAUAUAUUAAAAACAUUAUAA